CUCUCGCACUGCAAAGCCUGCAGAACCACCUAUUACUGUAGUACAGAUUGUCAGAAGCGCAACUGGUCAGUCCAUAAAACCUACUGCAAAUUCCUCCAAAAGUUCCCGCGGAAUUCCGAACCUCAAUCUAUCUCUUGCGCCAAGAUCCACUCCUCAAACGUCCGCUACGAAGAUGUCUCCGUGCCAUCGAAUUAUGCCAUGUUCAGAACCCGAGCCCUACCUAUUACUGCAAAAUUCGGAUAUCCGCUCGUCAUGUCACGUUUAGUGGAGAAUUUACCGCUCGGGCAGGAUACAGAGAAUCAUCAUGCGACAUGGCUGAACAUUGACCCAGAGUCUGGAUUUGCGCCACCACACUGGCAAGGAGGUAUUGGAACUGUGCUUGUUGCUGCCGCAGAUGGAAGUCCAUUCGAUACGGAGACUCUGGGUGCGAUUACAGACUAUAUUGGGAUUAUCUUGGAUAACUUUGGU